CGGAGAUAAAUGUCAUUAACUAAUAUGGGUUAUGUUGUUCGUGAUACAAAAAAUGAAAUUGGAAAUCUCUCGAAUAGAAAAUUUCACAUAAAAAAACAUCAAAACUUGUAAAUUAUCAAAUUAUGGUAACUUAAACUAUUAAACGAAAGUUUAAAUAAAUUAUGUCUGGAAUUGCAAUUGAGGACUCCCAAACAAUUGAUGAAGAUGAAGCUGGAGCAAUUCGCCUUGGAGACAUAUAUAUACCGCCCCCUUAUAAACCACCUGAUCAUAUUAGGAAAACUCUGGUAAUGGUGAAAAUAGUGAAUAAAAAUUUCAAAAGUUUUUAUGGAGAAGUUACUCUUGGACCAUUUCAUGAACGAUUUACAUCAAUUAUUGGACCAAACGGCAGUGGGAAAAGUAAUGUUAUUGAUGCACUAAUGUUUGUUUUUGGUUCACGCGCUAAUAAAAUUAGAUCAAAGAAACUGUCGGCUCUGAUACAUGAGUCUGCACUUCAUAAAAAUAAUGAUAGUUGUUCAGUCAGUAUUCAUUACAAACAAGUAAUUCGGGAUCAAGAAGAAUGCCAAGAUGUUCCUAAUAGUGAAAUAAUAGUUUCGAGAACUAUAUUUAAAGAUAAUAGUGGCUUUUAUAAAUUAAAUAAUGAGAAAGUUCCAUAUAAAACAAUUUUUAAAUUGUUUAAGGAGCUUGGUAUUGAUUUAAAUCAUAAUAGAUUUUUGAUACUGCAAGGAGAAGUUGAACAAAUUGCUUUAAUGCGAAGUAUGGGACGUAAUGAAAAUGAAGUUGGUAUGCUUGAAUACAUGGAAGACAUAAUAGGUACUUCUCGAUAUAAGACGGCGUUAAAGAAUCUUCAAAAUAAGGUUGAAGAACUUAUUGUUAGCAAAUCUGAAAAAAUUAGUAAUGCUGAAAUAGCACGUCAACAACUUGAAGAUUGUAGGAAACCUAGAGAUAAUGCUGUCGAGUUUUUCCAAAUUGAGAAUAAAAUAGCAAAUUAUAAAAAUAUUUUAUUACAAAAACAAUUAUCGAUUUCACAAAGUGCAUUUAACAAAUUUGAAGAGAAAAAAAGAGCCCUUAAUUCUACAAUAGCCGAACAAAGAAAAAAAAUUGAUGUGAAGAAAGUAGAAGUGUUAAUACAAAUUAAUGGCAAAUCCACAAAAUACUCUAGUGAAAUUGCUGAAUGUGAAAAAAAAUUAAAAUUCUUGAAUAUUCAAUAUGAGAAGGAAGCUGAAGCAUUAGAACAAAGUAAAAAGAAAAUUGGAAAAGUUUCUACACAUCUUAUAGAAGCAAAAAACAGCUUGCAAUUGAAAUUAAAACCAGAGAAGAAUAAAUUACAUGAAAUAAAUGAUGAGUAUAAUAAAUUAAUUCAUAAAUUAAAAGUAAGUACAAACAAAAGCAAUCAAUUACAAAAUAAUGCAAAAUCUAAAAAAAGCAGAUUGGAAAAUGCUAUGAUGCAGCUUGAAGAAAGAAAUUUGUUGAUAACGAAUUUAGAAAACAUUAUUCAAUCAUCUACAAAUCAAAUUGCAAAAUAUCAAUCUGAACUUAAGGAUAUUUUACAACAAGAAGAAUUGAAUAACAAAGAGGUUUCAGAAAAUAGGAAUAUACUCAAUGAACUUAAAGAAAUAGAUUUUACUAGAUCUCGGAGUAAAGUUCUUGAUUUUUUGCAUAAAAAGAGCAAUGAAGGAGAACUAGAUGGACUAUUUGGUAGAUUGGGUGAUUUGGGAAGUAUUGAUGUUAAAUAUGAUAUUGCAAUAUCAACUGCAUGUGGAGCUUUGGACAAUAUAUUAGUGGAAAACAUUACAACUGCACAAAAAUGCAUUGAACUUCUUAAACAAUAUAAUAUUGGCAGAGCCACAUUUAUUGCUUUAGAUAAGCAACAACACUUUUGGGAUAAUAUUAAAGCAAGAUUUGAAAGUCCUGAAAACCUACCACGUUUGUUUGAUCUAAUACGCGUAAAUGAUACUAGAAUAUUACCAGCAUUUUAUUAUGUGACAAGAAACACAUUGGUUGCUUCUAACUUGGAUCAAGCAACGCGGGUGGCUUAUGGCAGGAACCGCCACCGAGUUGUUACAGUUAAGGGCGAAUUGAUUGAAUUAGCAGGCACUAUGUCUGGGGGAGGGAACAAAUUUCGACGUGGUAUUAUGUCUAAUCAAAUGCUGAAGAAAUCACAAUUAUAUAAUACUUCUAAAUAUAAUUUGAACGAUAUUCAGCGUGAAUGUGAAAGACUUGAAGAAAUCAAGAGGGAUAUCACUCGAAGAAAAGAUAAUGCUGCUGAUCAGAUAAAUGCAUUGAAUCAAACAUUAUCAAGAGAUAGAAUGAAACUUAAUGAUAUUAAGAAAGUUAUUAAGCCUAUAUUGGAAGAAUGUCAACAGUUAAAAGAAGAAAUUAAAAAUUCAGAAACAAUAGAAGUACCAGAUGAAGUUUCUUCACUUCAAAUAAUUGUUGCUGAAAAGAAGAGAGUACUAGAUGAACAGCAAGACGUUGUUAAUAAGAUUGAAGAAGAAUUAAAUGAAGUUUUAGAAAAAAUUAACUCUUCGGUGAUUGGCUCGAUCAAAUUUGAACAAACAAAAAUUAAUAAUUUGAAAAAAGAAAUAUCAAAAUUUCAAAAUCAAAUUAUGACACUAAAAGUUGCUACUACUAACAAUGAAAAAAAAGUGGCAAUGACCAAAAAACAAAUCAGCUCUAUGGAACUUGAUAUUGAAAAGUGUCAAAACCAGAUUUUAAAACUGCAAGACGAAAAGAAAAAGAUCGAAGAAAAUGCUCAAGUUGUAAUGAGGGAGAAGGAAGAACAUGAGCUAUCUGAAGUUGCUUCAGUGAAAAGAUUCACUUCAGAAGAAUGGUGUAUAUAUCUGAUAACCGGUUCUAAGGAUUUAAAUACCAAUUUCUUUAAUAAGGAAAUAUUCACAUAUUAUCUUAGAAACACAAACUACAGUAUAUAUUAA